GGAUGAGCCUAAAAUUUCGAAGGGAAAAGCUAUUUCUCGAGAACUGAUUGCUGCGAUUGAAGGUUCAAGGUUUGCGCUUAUUGUCCUCUCACAAAAUUAUGCAUCCUCAACAUGGUGCUUGGAUGAACUUCUACACAUUCUUAAAUUCAUGGAAGCAAGAGAAGCAGUGCUACCAAUUUUCUAUUAUGUUGAUCCAUCUCAUGUACGAAAACAAACGGGGUGUUUUGAGAAAGCCUUUACACAACUGGAAGAAAGAUUUAGUUAUGAUGAAAAAACGAAGGUGCAAGAGUGGAGAGAUGCGUUGGCGAAAGUGGCAGAUUUCUCUGGGUGGAAGGCUAAGGACUG